UUUCAGCAGCGGACUCAGAAUCGCCAGCCCGUAAUCCCUGCCAGCUUUUCAGUGUGUUUCUGGAGCAGUUCGCGUGCGGCGGUGUUUUUGUGCUGUGUUGAAAGGCUAAAAGUGCUGGCUUGCUUAGAGGUUUACAAACAGUUUUUUUUUUCGACCCGAUCCGAAACGAAAGAAGUGCAUAUAAGUUCUCCGAAAACUUGCAAGUAAUUAAAGAGGCAUUCCGCUGCAUCGCAACUGUAUUUGCAUUGCAACAUAUUCUUAACCAUAUAUCGUAUAUACAUAUAUCAACGGAUUCAGCGGGGGGCGUGGCAGGGCGACGGCGGCGGACAAUGAACCCGCCCACGCAGCAAGGACAAUAACUUGAGACCGGAUUGGAAUGGGAUGUGGAUGUCAGCGGAGGAGCAGCAUGAGUUCGCCCCUUUGGAGCGAUGCCAAUUGUGGAAUCGCAGCGGCCCCAGAAUUAGAAUCAAAAUCCACAGUCAAAACCAAAUCCAAAUCCACAUAACUCCAUUGCGAUAAGUUUCGAUAGUUUGGCAAUAAUCGCCGGAAAUGGGCAGUCUGCCGAAUCUUCACGAGCUGGAGGAGGCGGAGCGCAAGCGGGAGAAGCGCCGGGAGUACGAACUUUUGCUGGAGCAGCGGGCCCGCGACACCAGUCGGGAGCGGGAGCGACUCUCUGCUUUCGCUCAGCAGCGCAAGCAAUCCUCGUAUAAUGCUUACAUAAUGGCUGGCCUGGGGAUCGGCGGAGGAGGAUCCCUGAGCCUCAAUGCAGCCGGAGGAGGAACAGCCGCCGGAAACGGAGAGCUGCCCAGUGGCAAUGGAACGAAUGCCGGAAAGUCGCAGACCCCAGGGCUGGGCACAGGAUCUGGGCUGGCCACCAGUUCGGGUGCUCCGGUGGCCAGCGGUGGCUUUGCUUUGCUGGGCCUGGGCAAGAAGUAUGCCCCACACUCGCACCACCAUCAGCACCAGCAUCAGCACCACCAGCACCAUCAGCACCGCCAUUCGCUGACCACCAGGCACCGAGUGCUCCGCACGCGCAGCUCUGGAGGAGCCCAGAACGUCUGGGACGAGCAGAUGAUGGAGCAGCACCUGGCCACAUACUCGCCGUCGCCCAUUUCGACCCGUUCGCACCGCAUCAACCCGGUGUCCUCGUACCAGGUGCAGGCUGCCCUGGCGGCCUCGCGUCGCCGGGAGUCGAUCAACAGCUCCAUCGGGGCCACCUCCAUCCGGCGCCUGAUCACGCUGAACAACCGGAACUGCCGCCACAAGGUGCCGGCCCAUGUGCGCCAGAAGGUGUGGCGCCAGUUCAGCUGCCUGAGCCUCGCCCACGGCCUGAUGAACUGCGUCCUGCUGCCGGUGAUGGCGCUGCAGGGCUCCAAUGCGGUCUGGCACCACCGCGAGCAGUGGCUGCCGCUGGGCCCCGAGAUCGGAUCGCUGCUCCUGAGCGCCCUCUUCCUGGUGGCCGCCGGCAUGAGCCUGCCCAGCAUUCGGCUGAUGAAGCGCUACGGCUGCGGGCCGCUCCUGGUGGCCAACUAUCUGGCGGUGGUGCUCUUCCUCCUGUCGCACCUGUACGCCUCCAUUUACACCCUGCUGCCGGCCUACCUGCUGCUGGGGGUGACCUUGAGCGGAUCGGCAGGCUGUAAGGCGGCCCUGAUUGUCCACUUUGGCGGCAAGCUGAGCUGCUCCUGCGAAUCGCAGCAGUCGCAGGCGGCCGUGGAUGUGCUGCACGAGGAGCACAAGAUGUUCUGCAAUCGGGAUCAGAAGGUGAGGCGGUUGGCCAGAUGGUUCCGGGUCUCGCAGGACCUGGGACUCAUCGCGGGAGCCCUGCUCGCCUCCAUUCUGCUGGCCUGCAGCGAUGGCGACUUCACGGGCGAUUGCUCCGGCCUGGUCUACUACGGCAACGAGAGCUGGCCGCCGCAGCUGAGGGACUUCUACAAUAGGAACGAGCACGGGGACCGGAUCUGCGGGGCGGACAUGUGCCCGCUGCGGGUGCAAUCCCUUUUGGCCGGCGGCUGGGCCAAUGGCAGCUCCAUACCCAGCUCCAUUUACGCGGGAUUCAUCGAGAGCGAGCCGCGGGUGGCUGGGCAGUCGCUUCUCUGGCUUUAUGUUCUCUUCGCGGUGAUGUCCUUGGUCCUGUCGCUGGUGAUACUGCUGGACAAGGUCCAGGCCACGGGCUCCUCGCGACCGGAACGCCUGCGGGAUGUGAGCAUCACGGACACGCUGCUCUUCGCCGGUCCGCUGGCCUAUUUCGUGGGCACCGAACAGGCCUACAUGCUGGGCGACUUCCUGCGGGCCUUCGUCACCUGCUCCCUGGGCAUUGGAAUGAUUGCGGGCGCCCUGAUCGGAAUGGGUCUCAUGCAGCUCAUCGUUUCCUGCACCCUGAGCAUGCUGCUGCGGCACGUCAAGCGGAUCGUCGUGAUAUUGGCCGGCUUCUUCUUUCAUUCCUGCCUGCUGUUGGCCCUGUCCAGCUGGAAGCCCUCGAGCGACGACAGCGCCCUGUUCUACGUGAUCGCCGCCUCGUGGGGCGCCUGCAAUGGGAUGUGGGAGACGCUGCUGCUCUCGCUGGUGACCCUCAACCAUGCCGGCCAUGUGACCGAGGUCCAGGCCCCUCUGCUGGCCCUCCGGUUCCUCGGACUCGGGCUGACCUUCGCCGGGCACGGCUUCCUCUGCGAGUCGAUGAAGAUCAUUGCGCUGGUGGUGCUCCUGGUGAUCAGUGUGCCGCCCUACGCCACCCUGGAGAUCCGAUUGGAGGCGCAGCGCAAGGCCACGCUGGUCAGCUUAUGACGCAGCAUCUUCAGCUAGUCCCGACGCCUGCGACGGGAUGUCGUGGCCCGGACGCACACCAUGUGACAUGUUCCCGAUACGGACACCGAUACGGACACGGUGUCAUAUCCGCGGCCAGAUCUCCUCCAAUCGCAACCCGUCAGUAUUGAACAAGAACGAGAACGAGAGACCCAAGUCAAGCGACGCAGGCUACACUACAAGUUCUGCGGCCAGAAGUCGAGGGAUGCGGACAGGGAUACGGACAGGGAUACGGUAUAGGUAUCUCUGGACUUCUGUCCGCGGGCCUAGAGGUUAAGACUAGUUCAUAAGAUCGAUCUAUACCCAUGUGCGGGGGGUUUCCUUCUCUCUAAAUGGGUGCAUUCUCAAUUCGUAGCAUUUGCCAGUGCCAGUAAUGUUGUUCCAUGUCUAUAACUUAUCUAUCAAAUAGAGAGAGCGAGAGAGCGAGAGAAAGAGAGAGGGAGAAGAGCUUUAUGAGCCACAAUAAGCAUGUAAUGUAGCAUGUAGAACGUUAUCUAUGUACGAGUAUAUCCGAUCUGAGACGAUACGAUAUCAAUUGCUGUAUCUACAUAUGUAUUUUGACCAAAGAGGGUUUUUGUGUGUGUUUCGCAAAGCAAACUAAUAUUACCUUCGAAGUUCGAACUCCAAUUUGCAAUUCCCAAACCGAACCGAUCCGAUCCGGUCCAGAAAUAAUGUUGUGUAUGUUAUGUAUGUGUUUUAUCGGUGUUAUGUGCGUUAUAUAGGUUUCGAGACCCUCCACUUUCACCUAACCAUAGGUAUACGGCAUACCCAUCCCGAUUCAGAUUCCAAUUCAGAUUCAGAUUCAGAUUCAGAUAAAGCUAGCUGCAGCUAAGGCUAACUGUUAUGAUAACAAGGUGAAAUCCUAAGGUCUAAGGUCUAAAAACAACAAUGUUAACAUUUUGAGAAUUUUGAGAGUAACCAUUUUGUGACCGUUGGCGAUUUCAUGCAUCGGGCUAAGUAUUACUAGUAUGUUGCUAGCCAUAUACUAUAUAUACACAUAGACAUACUAUAUAUUUUUUUCUUAGCGGCGGUUCCAUCUGAAUAUUGAAUAAAGCGAAUCGCAAACGUGUUAAACCGGGGAGACGCAAAGUCGAAAAAACGAUAAGAUCGAGUUCUACGUGUAUUGGAUGUGUAUUGUAUAUUGUAGGUGUCCAUCUCCAGAUCUAAUAAAGAAUCCAAAACAAG